CGAGAGCUCUAUAAACUUAUCUGAAGAGAUAUUUAGAAGUUUCUUUAAUUUAAUUUAGAUUAUUAAAUAUAGUGCCGCGUUUCGGAACGCGAGUAACGGGAUCGUUUGCUCCGCAAAUCUUCUUUUGUCUCAAGGACCGACCAGAGCUCAUAUCUCAACUCUUCCUUAGCUGUUUCAUAGCCUUGUGUGUUUUUUCACAAUCGCUUCCAACUUUCAAACUUCUUUCUUUCCACGCGAGAGCGAGCGAGCGCGCGCGCCUGGCACUGCCCCGCUCCCCCGUCGACGUUUCGCACGCUGAUUCCAGUAUAAAAGGGGCUUGAAAAUCAGAAAAACAUGAUGAGCAAUAAUACAUACUACGACCAGCAGCUGCCGCCGCAGUAUUACCAGGGCACGGACAACGGCGAGGACGCGGACGAGGAGAUGCCGGCCACGGAGAAGGACCUGGCCGAAGAUGCGCCCUGGAAGAAGAUCCAGCAGAACACCUUCACGAGAUGGUGCAACGAGCACCUGAAAUGCUUAAACAAGAAGAUCAACGACCUGCAGAAGGACCUGAGCGACGGGCUCAAGCUCAUCGGGCUCCUGGAGGUUCUCAGCCAGAAGAAAAUGUACCGAAAAUAUCACUCCAGACCCAAUUUCAGGCAGAUGAAACUGGAGAAUGUGUCCGUCGCGCUGGAGUUUCUAGAAAGGGAACACAUCAGGCUUGUAUCCAUAGAUAGUAAAGCUAUAGUGGAUGGCAACCUGAAGCUCAUCCUGGGCCUGAUAUGGACCCUUAUCCUGCACUACUCCAUUUCCAUGCCCAUGUGGGAGGAUGAGGACGAUGAAGAUGCCAGGAAGCUGACGCCCAAACAGCGUCUUCUGGGCUGGAUCCAGAACAAGGUCCCGCAGCUACCCAUCAACAACUUUCACAGGGAUUGGAGAGAUGGCAAAGCAUUGGGAGCCCUGGUGGAUAACUGCGCCCCUGGCCUGUGUCCUGACUGGGAGACAUGGGACCCAAGCCAGCCAGUAGAAAAUGCGAGAGAAGCCAUGCAGCAGGCUGACGAUUGGCUCGGCGUGCCUCAGGUGAUUGCUCCCGAGGAGAUUGUGGAUCCAAACGUGGAUGAGCACUCUGUGAUGACCUACCUGUCUCAGUUCCCCAAAGCCAAACUCAAACCUGGUGCCCCUCUGCGGUCUAAAACCCUACACCCCAAAAGAGCCAAGGCUUAUGGGCCAGGUAUUGAGCCCAGAGGUAAUGUGGUUUUGAGGCCAGCUGAGUUUGUCGUUGAGACCGUGGAGGCUGGACUUGGGGAGGUGCUGGUCUACAUUGAAGAUCCAGAAGGUCACACAGAGGAGGCCAGAGUCAUUGCCAACAACGACAGAAACAGAAGCUACUCUGUGGUCUAUGUGCCAAAAGUAGAGGGUCUACAUAAGGUGAAGGUGCUGUUUGCUGGUCAGGAUAUUGACAGGAGCCCUUUUCUGGUCAAUGUGUCAAAAGCAUUGGGAGACCCAAACAAGGUUCAGGCACGUGGGCCUGGCUUGGAACCAGUGGGGAACGUUGCCAACAAGCCCACCUAUUUUGACAUCUACACAGCAGGUGCCGGAGCGGGUGAUGUCGGUGUGAUCAUCGUGGACUCUCAGGGACGAAGAGAUACAGUGGAGAUUAUUCUGGAAAAUAGGGGCGAUAGCGUUUUUCGUUGCACCUACGGUCCCAUUCUAGAGGGACCCCACACUGUGUAUGUGACAUUUGCUGGCCAGCAAAUACCCAGAAGCCCUUUCACCGUUCACAUCUCUGAGGCUCCUACGAGCGGCCGGCAGAUCGGCUCCCCGGUUAACAUAAUUCCUCAGUCUAUACGCACACCACCCUCAGAAAAGGGCAAGAAACUCCCUCCCCCAACUCCACCCAAACCCAGGCGACCAACGAGUAAUCCAAAUGCAUGUCGGGCCAUCGGUCGUGGCCUGCAACCCAAGGGCGUGCGUGUGAAGGAAGUUGCAGAUUUUAAGGUGUAUACAAAGGGGGCGGGCAGCGGAGAACUACGCGUUCAGGUCAAAGGGCCAAGAGGUGGGGAUGAGCCUGUUAAGGUCCAGGAGGUGGGAGAUGGAGUGUACGAAUGCAACUACUACCCAAUUUUCCCCGGAAAGUACAUUGUCACCAUUACAUGGGGUGGACACGCCAUCCCUCGCAGCCCAUUCGAGGUAACCAUAAGUGAGGAAGCAGGACCCCAGAAGGUACGAGCGUGGGGUCCAGGCUUGGAGACCGGCAUGGUGGGCAAAUCAGCUGACUUUGUGGUGGAGGCCAUUGGCACGGAGGUUGGAACCUUAGGUUUUUCCAUCGAGGGCCCAUCGCAGGCUAAGAUCGAGUGUGAUGACAAGGGUGAUGGAUCGUGUGAUGUUCUCUACUGGCCUACCGAGCCUGGUGACUACGCGGUCCAUGUCAUCUGCGAUGAUGAAGAUAUCAAGGACAGCCCCUUUAUGGCCCACAUCCUUCCUGCAGCCAAUGACGUCUUCCCUGAGAAGGUCAAGUGCUACGGUCCUGGGUUAGAGCCAACCGGGUGCAUCGUAAACAAACCCGCCAAGUUUACAAUUGAUGCACGUGGAGCCGGCAGAGGCCAUCUACAGAUUUACGCUCAGGACUCGGAAGGUUACCCCAUCGACAUCCAGAUCACAGAUAAUGGUGACAGCACAUAUUUCUGCAUCUAUAUACCUACUAAGCCCAUCAAACACACCAUAAUCAUCACCUGGGGAGAUGUCAAUGUUCCCAACAGUCCAUUCAGGGUGACCAUUGGAGAAGGUAGUCAUCCAGAGAAUGUGAUGGUGCAUGGACCAGGCGUGGAGAAGACUGGGUUGAAGGCCAAUGAACCUACCUACUUCACCGUAGACUGUAGCGAGGCUGGGCAAGGAGAUGUAAGCAUUGGGAUUAAGUGUGCACCUGGUGUGGUUGGACCCGCUGAAGCAGACAUUGAUUUUGACAUUAUUAAAAACGACAACGACACGUUUACAGUGAAAUACACGCCCCCUGGAGCCGGGCGCUACACCAUCAUGGUGCUAUUUGCAGAUCAGGAAAUUCCUAUCAGCCCCUUCCGGAUCAAAGUCGACCCAUCCCACGAUGCUAAUAAAGUGAAGGCAGAAGGUCCCGGUCUCAACAAUACAGGUGUGGAAGUUGGCAAGCCGACCCACUUCACGAUCUACACUAAAGGUGCGGGUAAGGCGACCCCUGAAGUUAAGUUCACCGCAGCUGGGAAAGGAGAAGCCGUUAGUGACUUUGAGAUCAUCGAUAACCAUGACUAUUCCUUCACUGUGCGCUACACUGCAUUACAACAGGGUAACAUGAGCAUAUCUGUGUGCCAUGGUGGUGACCCCAUCCCUAAAAGCCCAUUUACCAUCACUGUUGCUCCUCCUUUGGAUCUCAACAAGGUCAAAGUUCAAGGGCUCAACAACAAAGUGGAUGUGGGAAAAGAUGAGGAAUUUACCAUCAACACUCGUGGCGCGGGAGGUCAGGGAAAGGUGGACGUCAAGAUUACGUCACCCUCUCGUCGACCAAUCCCGUGCAAGGUGGAAUCCGGAACGGCCAAUGAGGUUCACUCUGUUAAGUACAUCCCCCCGGAGGAGGGGCCUUACAAAAUAGACAUCAGCUAUGAUGGAAACCCUGUGCCUGGAAGUCCAUUUACAGUGGAGGGGGUGAUGCCUCCGGAUCCCUCAAAGGUGCGAGCCUAUGGCCCUGGUCUGAAGGGAGGCAUUGUGGGUAAGCCCGCUCCAUUUGCCAUUGACACCAAGGGUGCAGGCACCGGUGGCCUGGGGUUGACAGUGGAGGGCCCAUGCGAGGCCAAAAUCGAGUGCCAGGACAACGGAGAUGGCUCUUGCUCAGUGUCCUAUCUGCCCACCGAGCCAGGCGAGUACAGCAUCAACAUCCUGUUUGCCGAAGCCCACAUUCCCGGUUCCCCCUUCAAAGCCAUGGUGCAGUCCGUCUUCGAUCCCAGCAAAGUCACAGCCAGUGGACCGGGGCUGGAGAGAGGAAAGGUGGAUGAAGCAGCGUCAUUCACGGUGGACUGCUCCAAAGCAGGGGAGGCGGAGCUGACCAUCGAAAUUAUUUCAGAUACAGGAGCGAAGGCAGAGGUCCAUGUUCAGAACAACAGCGACGGGACGUAUUCCAUCACCUACAUCCCUCCUUUCCAUGGAAUGUACACCAUAACGAUUAAAUACGGAGGACAUGCGGUGCCCAAAUUCCCUGCGAGGGUGCAGGUAGAUCCCGCUUUGGACACCAGCGGAAUUAAAGUCUACGGUCCAGGAGUGGAACCCAGAGGUGUACUUCGUGAGGUCACUACACACUUUGCCGUUGACACACGGGCUCACAGUAUUAUGGGAGGCAACCACAUUAAAGUUCGUAUUGUUAACCCAUCUGGUGCCAACACGGACGCAUACAUCACAGACAAAGGGGAUGGCACAUACAAAGUCGAAUAUACAGCGUACGAGGACGGUGUGCAUCUGAUAGAGGUCCUGUAUGACGAUGUGCCCGUUCCCAAAAGCCCUUUUAAGGUGUCGGUAACCGAAGGCUGUGAUCCCACCCGUGUACGGGCCUAUGGUCCCGGUCUGGAAGAGGGUCUGGUUAACAAACCCAACCGUUUCACUGUGGAGACUAGGGGUGCUGGUACAGGUGGGCUUGGUUUGGCCAUCGAGGGUCCGUCAGAAGCCAAGAUGUCCUGUAAAGAUAACAAAGAUGGCAGCUGUAGUGUGGAGUAUAUUCCCUUCACUCCUGGAGAAUAUGACGUCAACAUCACUUUCGGAGGUCUGCAUAUUCCAGGGAGUCCGUUCAGGGUGCCUGUGAGGGAACUGGUGGACCCCAGUAUGGUGAAAUGUUCUGGCCCAGGUCUGGGCAGUGGAGUCAGAGCUCACGUCCCUCAAACCUUCACUGUGGACUGCAGCAAAGCUGGACUCGCCCCACUGGAGGUUCUGCUGUAUGGACCCACAGGAAUGGUAGAACCGGUAAAUAUUACAGACAAUGGUGACGGCACACACACGGUGAUCUACACCCCUGCGAAAGAUGGACCCUACAGUGUGUGUGUCAAGUAUGCAGAGCAAGAAGUGCCACGCAGUCCAUUUAAGAUCAAGGUGCUGCCCGCUCACGACGCCAGUAAAGUCCGUGCCAGCGGUCCAGGUCUGAAUGCCUCCGGCGUGCCCGCCAGCCUACCCGUGGAGUUCACCAUCGAUGCCCGGGACGCAGGGGAGGGGCUUCUUACCGUACAGAUACUGGAUCCGGAUGGGUGCAGGCGAGAGGUCUCUGUGUAUGUGGAGGACUGGGGUAGGAGGGUGUGGGAGAACCACAUUGUAAAGGGCACCAUCCCCUUCCAUACUCUUAGGAAAGGAUGUGACCCAGAAGGCAAACCAAAGAAGGCCAAUAUUCGGGAUAACAGAGACGGGACGUACACCGUGUCCUACGUACCAGACAUGACGGGACGCUACACUAUUACCAUUAAAUACGGUGGAGAUGAGAUCCCGUACUCGCCAUACCGUAUCCAUGCACUGCCUACUGGAGAUGCCAGCAAAUGUCUGGUGACAGUAUCUAUUGGAGGACACGGACUAGGUUCAGGACUUGGACCCACUAUUCAGAUCGGAGAGGAGACGGUUAUCACUGUGGAUGCAAAGGCCGCUGGGAAGGGAAAUGUCACAUGCAAGGUGUCAACACCAGAUGGGGCGGAGCUAGACGUGGACGUAGUGGAGAACUCUGAUGGCACCUUUGAUAUCUACUAUACCGCUCCCGAACCCGGGAAAUAUGUCAUCACCAUCCGCUUCGGAGGAGAGCACAUUCCCAACAGUCCCUUUCAUGUGGUGGCAUCUGACACCAUCCCUAUAAUCGAGGAACCGUGUGAUAAACUACAGUUACAGCAGCCCUACGCCCCCUACCAGGGUUACACCCCUCAUUGGGCUACAGAAGAGCCGGUCACUGCAACGGACGUCAUGGACCCGAUGCUCCGUCCCUUUAAUCUGGUCAUUCCAUUUACAGUGCAGAAGGGGGAGAUUACAGGUGAGGUGCGUAUGCCCUCUGGUAAAACCGCUCGCCCCAACAUCACUGAUAACAAGGACGGGACCGUCACAGUCAAAUACGCCCCUACUGAGAAAGGCCUCCAUGAGAUGGACAUCAAAUAUGAGGGGAAUCAUAUACCAGGAAGUCCAUUGCAGUUCUAUGUCGAUGCCAUUAACAGUGGGCACGUGAAUGCAUACGGCCCUGGUCUGAGUCACGGCAUGGUCAACAAACCCGCCAUCUUUACAAUCGUAACCAAAGAUGCAGGAGAAGGUGGUCUUUCUUUGGCAGUUGAGGGUCCAUCUAAAGCAGAGAUCAGCUGUAAGGAUAAUAAAGAUGGCACCUGCACUGUGUCCUACAUGCCGACGGCUCCAGGAGACUACAACAUAAUUGUCAAAUUUGAUGAUAAGCACAUUGCUGGAAGCCCCUUCACAGCUAAGAUCACGGGUGAUGAUUCCAUGAGGACAUCUCAGCUGAACGUUGGCACAGCGACAGAUGUUUCUCUGAAGAUCACGGAGACGGACCUGAGCUCUUUAAGCGCGAGCAUCAGAGCCCCGUCUGGCAAUGAAGAGCCCUGUCUGCUGAAGAGACUCCCAAACCGGCACAUCGGAAUAUCCUUCACACCUAAAGAAGUGGGUGAGCACGUGGUCAGCGUGAAGAAGAACGGAAAACACGUCACCAACAGCCCUUUCAAGAUCAUGGUGGGUCAGUCGGAAAUCGGAGACGCCAGUAAGGUGAAGGUGUUUGGGAAAGGUCUGAUUGAAGGACACACUUUUGAAGUGGCCGAGUUUAUUGUGGACACCAGAAGUGCAGGUUAUGGAGGUCUCGGUUUGUCCAUCGAAGGGCCCAGCAAAGUUGACAUAAACUGUUCAGAUGUGGACGAUGGAACGUGCAAAGUGACUUACUGCCCCACAGAACCAGGAACCUACAUCAUUAACAUCAAAUUUGCAGACCAACACGUGCCAGGAAGUCCAUUUACGGUGAAGAUUCUGGGUGAGGGACGAAUGAAGGAGAGCAUCACCAGAAGGAGGCAGGCGCCCUCCAUCGCCACAGUGGGCAGCACUUGUGACCUUAACCUUAAGAUCCCAGGGAACUGGUUUCAGAUGGUAUCAGCCCAGGAACGGCACACUCGAACCUUCACUCGCAGCAGCCACACCUACACGCGCACCGAGCGCACAGAGAUCAGCAAGACCCGUGCGGGAGAAACCAAACGCGAGGUGCGGGUGGAGGAGAGCACCCAAGUUGGGGGUGACCCCUUCAGAGAUGUUUUCGGUGGAUUCCUGAGCAGAGAAAACCUGAGUCCUUUCAGCGGCGCCCAGGCCCGACAAUCAGAUGGUGAGUCAGGUACUCAGGAAAUGACGGCACAGGUGACAAGCCCAAGUGGAAAGACGGAAGAUGCUGAGAUCAUAGAAGGAGAAGACAGCGCCUACAGCGUGCGCUUCGUACCUCAAGAAAUGGGAGCUCACACCGUCAAUGUCAAAUAUAGGGGCCAGCAUGUCCCCGGCAGCCCCUUCCAGUUCACCGUGGGCCCUCUGGGAGAGGGAGGUGCCCAUAAGGUUCGAGCCGGUGGUACUGGAUUGGACAGAGGAGUGGCAGGAGUUCCUGCCGAAUUCAGCAUCUGGACCCGUGAGGCUGGCGCUGGUGGUUUGUCCAUAGCUGUCGAAGGGCCCAGCAAAGCCGAAAUUUCCUUCGAGGACAGAAAGGACGGAUCGUGCGGUGUGGCCUAUGUCGUACAGGAACCUGGCGACUACGAGGUGUCGAUCAAAUUUAACGAUGAGCACAUCCCCGACAGCCCCUUCAUUGUUCCUGUUGCAUCGCUGUCAGACGACGCCCGCCUGCUUACCGUCACCAGCCUGCAAGAAAUGGGUCUCAAGGUGAAUCAGGAGGCUUCGUUCGCCGUGCAACUGAAUGGAGCGAGAGGAGCGAUUGACGCUAAGGUGCACACACCUUCUGGAGCAGUGGAGGAGUGUUACAUCACUGAACUAGACAAUGAUAAACACGCAAUACGGUUUAUUCCACGGGAGAACGGCGUCCACUCCAUCGAUGUCCGUUUUAAUGGAAGUCACAUCCCGGGGAGCCCCUUCAAAAUCCGCGUUGGAGAACCCGGCCAGGCCGGAGAUCCCGGAAUGGUGACAGCUUUUGGCCCUGGAUUGGAGGGAGGAACUACAGGCGUGCCUUCAGACUUCAUUGUGAACACGUGUAACGCUGGGUCAGGGGCUCUGUCUGUCACAAUCGAUGGUCCGUCGAAGGUAAAGAUGGAUUGUCAGGAGUGUCCCGAAGGGUACAAGGUCACCUACACACCCAUGGCUCCCGGCAGCUACCUCAUCUCUAUCAAAUACGGAGGACCACAGCAUAUCGUGGGCAGCCCCUUUAAAGCCAAAGUCACUGGUGCACGUUUGUCCGGCGGACACUCUCUACACGAGACCUCAUCAGUACUGGUGGAGACGGUCACAAAAUCAUCCUCAGUGGCCGGAUCUUUCUCCUCUCUGCCGAAGUUUUCAUCCGAUGCCAGUAAGGUGAUCUCGAGGGGGGCUGGACUCUCCAAAGCCUUCAUUGGUCAGAAGAACACCUUCACGGUGGACUGCAGUAAAGCAGGGACAAACAUGUUGAUGGUAGGAGUGCACGGGCCAAAAACUCCAUGUGAGGAAGUUUAUGUCAAACACAUGGGCAACAGAAUGUACAAUGUCACAUACACAGUGAAGGAAAAAGGAGACUACAUACUGAUAGUCAAGUGGGGUGAAGAGAUGGUGCCCGGAAGCCCUUUCCACGUCACAGUGCCUUAAAAAAGACCUGCCUGACUAUUCAAAGACUCCAAUAAAUGAGACGGGACUCACCGACAACGCCCCGUGCCUGACCUUUAUGAUGAUACGUUUUUACAAGCAAUCAAGACCUCUGAUAUUGGCAAAAUCCUGCGCCAGUUGUCUUCCAUAUACGCUUUAUCCAAAGAGACACCGAGUGUGUUUACAUGUGCAAUACAAUGCUGAUAAAGUUUUGACAAUGCAAACAAUAAUGCGUUUACAUGAGAUUCGAAAAUCAUUUGGGUUACACCCAUACAUUGAAUGUGUUGAUCAAUAUUUCUAAAUCAAUAUUUGCAUUUAUGACCGAUAAUACACUGUUGGGUUAUUGCGCAUAACUGGUGCAUGUAAGCACACUUAUUAUGAGUUCAGUUCACACAAUGGCUUACGCACCCUAACCUGUUUUGUACUACGUUGUUUUUAGGUUGUGAGAUUAGUCAACGUGUGAUGGAAAGUAGAACUGAACUAACAUGCGAUUUUACAUCAAAGCCACCUUGUUAGUGAAAUUAUUGUCAGGACCAUAAGUUAACAGAUCAUUUAUUUAAUCUUUUUAUCUACUGCUAAAACUGGUCUUAUUUUUAUGAUGGAAUAACACAAUGUUGUCUCUUAAACCCUAAACGAGUCUGGAUCAGGCAGUCCUGGUCAAAGGCUUAGUUUAAGUUAGAGAUGUUUUUUUAGCUCACACUGGGUCUGAACCGGUCGCAAGUGGCCCGACGCCCUGCAGACCGAGUUAUGUGAUUGGUUAGAUGAGAUUUUUGUACCAAGCGGUGUAGCCAAAGCCGUUAAAGCAUGUGAAUGUUUGAAAACCCACAGUUUUUACAGUGACACAACAGAGCGACAUUUUAUAGUGAUUUUAUAUGUAUGGAUUUAAAAUAGAAAUGUAUGAAGAGACACUAAUAAUUGUUUGAUAUUUUAACCUACUGUUUGGUAAAACUGUGCUGGCAUAUUAAAGUUUUAAUUGCUAUG